UAGUGGGACGAGUACUAGCCCCUACACCCAAGAGCAACAAGAGAAGAUGGCCGCCUUAGUGAGAGAGAAUAAAGAGAGAAAAGAGCUUUGAAGCAGGCGAAAUUGAAAGCAAUCGCAGAGGAGCAGGCGGCGAAAAUGAAGAAGUUGGAGGAGGAGAUGGAAGAGAAGAAAAAGGCUGCCGAGGUAGAAGCAGCAGCAUAAGUAGAAGAGGAGAGAAAACGCAGGGAAGUAAAAGGAGAGAGUAGUGGCACGGCAAAUGAGGAUGCAGCGAUGGAGAAGAAGAUUAGUGAGUGGAUUGCUAACUUAUCGUUGGGGGAAGAUGAGAAGACACAGUCAUAUGUGCCGCAGUAUGAGAGGGAUGCGUUAGCCAGCGCGCUAGCAACAAUCGAGGACCCCCUGGAACGGCGAGAAGUAGAGGAGGAGAAGAAGUUGGAGUGGAAAUUGAGGAUGAAGAGGGAAAGGAAGAGAAGGAGGGAGGAAGUUAAUAGGUUGACCGAGGAGGUGGCAAAGGUGAGAGACUGUAGACAAGAGUCACAGGCGCAGGCAGACAUUUCUGCCAAAAUGGAUAAGAUGCUGGGGUACUUGGAAGUGUUGAGUGCGGCCUGGAUGGAGGAGCGCCAAGCUAACUGGGGUCACGAUGUGGCCCUGAGUGCCAUGCAGUCAGGAUUUCGUGACUUUGCGCGCGAUAUGGUCACCCACGUUGGAGGAGAAGUCGGGCGAUUGAGAGGGGAAGUCUUUGUAGUAUAUGUAAGACCUGUCACUGAGCCUAAGGAAGGGGAUAGUUCCACGGAUCCGACCAUUGCCAAGCUGUUGGAGGAGUUCAAAGAUUUGACCGAGUUGCCGAUAGGAGUAGUGUCGCGACCAAUCCAACACAAAAUAGAAAUAGAGCCUAGCAGUAGAACUCCUAAGGGAGCAGUCUACAAGAUGUCCCCUGGAGAGUUAGAGGAGCUGCGUGAGCAGUUGGACAAGCUCCUGGAGAAAGGUUGGAUUAGGCCCAAUUCGUCUCCUUUUGGAGCACCUAUUUUGUUUGUCCCCAAAAAGGAAGGAGAGUUGCGUAUGUGCAUAGACUAUAGGGGUUUGAAUGCCAUCACAGUGAAGAAUGUUGAGCCGCUGCCCAGGAUAGACGAUCUUUUAGAUCAGGUGCAGGGUUGCAAGUAUUUCUCCAAGAUAGAUCUAAAGUCCGGUUACCAUCAGAUAGAAGUUCACCCUGAUGACCAGUACAAGACUGCGUUCCGGACUAGAUAUGGGCAUUAUGAGUUCAUAGUGAUGCCCUUUGGACUAACCAACGUGCCAACUACAUUUCAGCGUCGCAUGAAUGAUUUGUUUAGACCUUGGUUAGAUAGAUUCGUCGUAGUUUAUUUAGACGACAUCCUAGUGUUCAGUAGGACCCUCCAGGAGCAUCAGGGUCAUUUGAGGCAGGUCUUGGAGAAACUCAGAGAAGCUAAUUUCAAGAUCAAUGCGAAGAAGUGCGAGUGGGCCAAGACACAAAUUUUGUACUUGGGCCACGUUUUGGACGGAGAUGGCAUUAAGCCAGAGGACAGCAAGAUAGCGACGAUUCGAGAUUGGUCGACACCCCGCACGUUGACAGAGUUGCGGUCAUUCUUAGGCCAAGCCAAUUACUAUAGAAAGUUCGUGAGGAACUUCUCUACUAUCGCCGCUCCCUUGCGCAGGUUGCUGAAGAAAGAGGCAACCUGGCAAUGGGACAAAGACUGUACGUCUGCGCUCAAGAAGCUAAAGCGCGCGUUAAUAGAAUAUCCUGUCCUCAAAGUUGCAGAUCCGUCUUUGCCAUUUGUCAUCACCACGGACGCGAGUCAGUAUGGUAUAGGCGCCGUGUUGCAACAAGACGACGACAAUGGCUAUAGACCCGUAGAGUUCAUGUCAGCGAGGAUGCCCUCAGAAAAGGUAGCCACCUCGACGUAUGAGAGAGAACUUUACGCUCUCAGGCAGGCCUUAGAGCAUUGGAAACAUUACCUGCUUGGGAGGCACUUCAAAGUAUACUCAGACCACGAAACUCUUAGGUGGUUAAAGACCCAGGCCAAAAUGACACCUAAGUUGACUAGGUGGGCCGCUGAGAUAGACCAGUAUGACUUUGAGCUCAAACCGGUCAAAGGCAAGUACAAUGUAGUUGCGGAUGCUCUAAGUCUCCUGUCCAUGCAUGCAUACAUGUAUAGCAAACUGGAUGCUAUCCAGGACACCCUUGACCAGAUAUUGAGCCCCAUGCAGGGAAUGGGAAGAGCUUUCCCAUCUCCAACAGGUGGGCCCAGUUUCCGGCCUCCAGUUUUCCCAUCGCCGAUUUCCUCACCGGCGAUGACUAGUCCUACUAUGUCUCAGUUUAGCAGUUCACCAAGCGGUACGUCAACAGCAGCAGCACAGACUGUUGCUUCUUCAUCUUAUGGACCAGCAGCUGGUGCUACACAACACCCGGUCCCACGAGUGGGACAACAACAGCCUUGGUACCCCAAGACUCCAUUGAAGCCACCCUUAACCCCACGUGAUAAGAAGGAUGAGGCUCUUGACACUUGGUUGAGAACGGUUCCAGUGUGGGUCAAGGCAAAGAGGACGCUGGUAGAGGAAGAGGUGAUCAUUGCCACCUCGUAUUUGGACGGAUUGGCAGUGCGAUGGUUAGAUGGGUUAGUAGCCUCGAAAGGGUUUGGCAGGGGCAUGAAUGAUUGGGCUAAGACCCAUACUUUAGAGAGCUUUAUGGAGUUGUUAGAAACGGGAUGGCACAACCCGCAGCAGGCCCAGCAGGCCACUAACAUAUUGACCCGGCUUGAUACUAAGAAGUACACGUCUGUGCGUGAGCUUACCUCUGUCGUAGAGCGUCUCAUUGUUGUCCCCAGCGUGCGCUAUGAUCCGCAGGUUCUCAUGACCAUGUAUCUGAGAUGUCUUCCCACAGACGUCAAGAAUCUGCUGAUUGAGAUUGAUGAUUACUCCUACUUAGUUGACGACACAGAGUUAGAGGACGAGGAUAGUGCUAAGGGUAGCAACCUCGCCUCGCUUGUAAAGGUUAAGGCAGGCGGCAGCGGAAAGGGUGGUCAAUCAAGGAGUCAGGGGCAGACCCAGAACUGCACCAAGAUACCAGCUUGGGUGAGGGGGGGUCAGGAACAAGACGUGUGGCGAGAUCACUAUUCGGGAGGGGCUUGCAUCAACUGCGGCGAGUAUGACCAUCAGCAGUUCGGAUGCAAGAACUCAAAGGUAACGCAGAAGAUAGCUCCCAAAGGUGGUUUUGGGAAUUCCUUCUCCCAAGGUAUGGCUUCCACGAGCUCCAACUUGGGAAACAAAUCAGGCCAGUGGAAGUUCUAGCUGCUUCUACUCCUGAUGAAGUGGUGAUGUACCCUCCCCACUUCAAGAGUUGGCCGAAGCUAUUGACUCUUUAGUCCGCAGACACAUCCUGGCCCAACGAUACUCUGUUCGUUGGAUGUGUCUAAGGCCUUAGAGGACUUGCAAAGUGAGUGGUCGGCAAGGGACCCCCUCGCGAGUCUUAGGUGGCACUCAGUAGAGGUCCUAGAGGGGAGAAUUUCAUUGUGGAAGUCGGUGUAGGUGGCCGCAAAUGUGGUGCCUUCGUAGACAUUGGCUCCACACGAAACUUCAUAAGUCGCGACUGCGUUGAGAGACUGCGCCUAGGGAACCGGGUGCAACGCUUAGGUGGAUAUGUAGCCUCUACCUUAGCCAACAAAGAGCGCAUGGUUGU